UAAUGCCCUGUGAAUUGGAGUGCUGGACCAAGAAUAGCACUCCAGACUGCCGUUCGGAUUACCCCUACUACAGGGAGUUGACGCUCCCGCUAUGUAUUCUUCUUGACUAACCUGUUCAAUCAAUUCUAACCAAUCAAAUGAAAUAUAACAGGAUAAGCUCACAAAAAAAUACCUGUAUGGAAUUUCAAACUGAUAAGAAUGGCCAGUGGACAUGACAUAGAUGCCCACGUUACAAUUCCACUUCAAUUUAACGAUUCUCAUUGGAAAAGUAUCUUUGAAAAAUAUGACUUAGAUAGCGAUGGCAGAAUAUCUUAUCACGAAUUGAAGGCAAUGGUCCACGGCACUACGUAUAAUGACGAUAUUCCCAAAAGAGUUGUAAGGCUCAUAAUGCAAAAAGCCGAUUUAAAUGAUUCUGGAUAUUUGGAGUAUCCAGAAUUUAUAGCUAUGAUCCACAGGAAAGACAUGCAAGGUGUAUUUGGACAUUUUUUAACGCGUUAUGUUCAUAGAAUGGUACCACAAAGACCGUGUCUAGCCACGCAAUCUUCAUCAGCUGAUUUUACUGAUGGGCAGUAUGAAGAAGAAUACAGCUGUAGGCCUCCUGCAAUCGCCAUGAUCCUCAUCUCUAUUAUUGAAAUUGCUUUAUUUAUGUAUGACGUUUUUGAGAAUAAGCCCUCACCAGUUCAAGGAACAAUUGCCCAAUUGCUAAUUUAUUAUCCCACUAAGAAAAAUGAAAUCUGGAGAUAUGUGACAUACAUGUUUGUUCACAUAGGGCCCCUACACUUGAUGGUAAACUUAAUUGUGCAAGUCAUGCUAGGAAUACCGCUUGAAAUGGUCCACAAAUGGUGGCGUGUUCUUGUCAUCUACUUUGCUGGUGUUGUGGCUGGUUCACUUGGAACCUCAGUCUCAGAUCCACAUACUGCUCUUGCUGGCGCAUCUGGUGGCGUUUACGCUCUUAUAACUGCUCAUGUUGCUACCAUCAUUAUGAAUUGGCGUCAAAUGGAAUUUGCGCUGCUUCAACUCUGUGUUUUUAUUGUAAUAACAGUUUUUGAUGUUGGCCAAGCUAUUUACAAUCGCUAUGUUUUUAAAAAAGAGGAUCAAAUUGGUUAUGUUGCACACCUUGCUGGCGCCAUUGCCGGUCUUCUUGUUGGUAUUAAUGUAUUACGUAAUCUUGAAGUCCAGACUUGGGAAAAGUUUUUAUGGUGGGCAUCUAUAUUCAUUUACACAAUACUUAUGACGAUUGCAAUUUUAUAUAACGUUUUUUACGAAAAUAGUUAUGGUUCUUUGAUAUGGUGAAGCUAAUUCUUGUUCUAAUCUUGAAUAAGUUCUAUUUUUAAAAAACUAAUCGUGUAAUAGAUUCGUAAAUAUGAAUUUAUUUUUUUUUCACAAUCAUACAUUAAAAAAUUUUCACUAUGCUCAGUAUUUUUUAAAAUAAAUUGAAGUGAAUAAAUUGGAUAUGUCGCGAUAAUGUCCUGUUUUAUUCGAAAAUAAAGUAUUUUUAUAUUUAUAUUUAUUGAUAAUAAUUUUGAAAAGUUUUACUUGUAAAUUGAUAAAUAAAUAUUUGAACAUUAUAUGAGUGGAACAAGAUCUAUGAAUUUCAACAAUGCGAUUUUUUUUCUUGAAGUUUCCUGAGUAAAAUCAGCGAAAGAUAGUAAUAAUUGAUGAUUACUAUUAUUUCAGGAAUUAAAAAAUAAUUAGGUGAAAUUAAUUAAAGCAAUUUUAGAAUUUAUCAACAUUAAAUAAUUUUAUGAGGUCAGGUGAGCGGAAACUUACUCGAAACACAAAACUUUUGAUAAAAUCGAUAGCAAACAAUUAGCUCAUUGUAUCUAUCUAGUUCUCAUAAUUUAUGACCUUGUUUUUUUUAAAUAUUUACAUAUAUUUGUAAUGUUUGUCCGAGAUCAACUUUUUUUUUAAUUAAAUAAAUAAAAAAUUUAAAAUUAA